UUGCAGUAAGAAUGUUUGGUGUUUUCUCUCUGAUUUCUCUGCUUGUGAUUCCUGGGAUUUGCAGUCGGGAAUGGAAGGUUCAGUACACGAGUAUGAGCAAAUGUGUCCUAAAGGGUUCAACAACACAUUUAUCAGGCACUUUUAAACACCCAGAUCAUCUCACUGUGACAGAGAUAUUUUGGGUCAAAAACCCAGGUAAAGACAAGGUCAUCAAUCUGUUAAAUCUUCCAGAUUACAGAGGCAGAGUUGAGUAUUUCCCCAGUAAAGACCGAACAUUCAUUCUCAGACUCAGUAAUGUGAGACGUGAGGAUGAGGGAAACUACUGCAUCAGAAUCCUGACAAAUGAAGAAAGAGAAAGAUUUCUGGGUUUUCCUGGGAUUGAGCUCAGUGUAACAGAGCUCAGAGUGGAGAUUCCUGAAGAGGUCGUUGAGAAAGAUUCCCCUGUUUUAUUUUGUAAGAGCACCUGUAACCUCUCAGACAGAACAGACUUUAUCUGGUAUAAAAACGGCGAGUCUUUCUCAGAGUCGAGCGACGGGAAUCGUCUGAUUCUGCAGUCGGUCAGCAGGGAUGAUACGGGAAACUACAGCUGUGCAGCGAGAGAUCAGGAACAUCUGCCGUCUCCUGCCGUCACUCUCAGCGUCAGAUAUCCUCCACAGAGCGUGUCAGUGUGGGUCAGUGGGUCUGGUGUAAUAGUGGAGGGAGAUUCAGUGACUCUGAACUGCAGCAGUGACUCAAACCCUCCUGCUCUGAACUUCAGCUGGUUUAAGGAGAAGGAAACCUCAGCUGUUGGAUCUGGACAGAGUUUCAGCAUCUCCAGCUUUAACUCCAGUUUCAGUGGACGCUUCUACUGUGAGGCUCAGAAUAAAUAUGGAUCUCGGAGAUCAGCGUCUGUGUCUUUGUUCGUGUCUGCAACAUCUGCAGGUGGCCUGAACACAGGUCUGUUUGCAGCUGCUGGCAUCGGGGCUGCGCUCAUCGCCAUCUGCGCUGUUGUUGUAGUAAUACAAAUCCUCAGGAAACGAGUGACUCCAUCAGAAGAGCAAAACCACAGAGCAUCACAACACCAUAAAACAGUUGAGUCUCCUGAGGACGCCUACAUGACCCUUGACCCCAAGUCCAGAUGUUCUGAGUACGACACACUGGAUGUGAGUUAUUCUGCUGUUGUUGUGAAGGUGUUACAUGAGAUCUUAUUUGUGAUGCAUAUAUUCACUUCUUCUCUAGAAUAUGAAGAGAUCCUGUGACACAGACGACCCUGAAGAUCAGGAUUGUACAUAUUAUAACAUGGACAAAUGAUUAAUCUUAGUGGUCAUAUCAUGCCUUUUUUAUUAUUUACUUUUCCCUUUUAUUACAGUCAGAUUUCCACCCUC